AUACCCCGAGACUGUCCUCGAUAUUUCCGUGAAAACUAAUGGUGCUAAUAGCUUGAAAAAAAAGAAAAGGAAAGAUAAACGGUCCGAGGAACACUGAGAUUACGAGAGUGAAAAUAAUAGUCUGACAGCCUCAAAUUAAAAGAUGGCAGAUAUCGAGGACACUCAUUUCGAGACCGGUGACUCAGGUGCUUCAGUUACCUAUCCCAUGCAAUGUUCAGCAUUGCGUAAAAACGGUUUUGUCAUGCUGAAAGCUCGACCUUGCAAGAUUGUUGAAAUGUCAACUUCCAAGACAGGCAAGCACGGUCACGCCAAGGUUCACCUUGUCGGCAUCGACAUAUUCUCAUCUAAGAAGUAUGAGGAUAUUUGCCCAUCUACACACAACAUGGACGUCCCCUUUGUCAAGCGAGAGGACUAUCAGUUGACAGACAUAUCUGACGACGGAUACUUGUGCCUGAUGGCUGACAACGGGGACCUUCGUGAGGACCUGAAGAUCCCUGAUGGCGAGUUGGGGGCCCAGUUGCGUUCCGACUAUGACGCUGGAAAAGAACUGCUGUGCACUGUACUGAAAGCCUGUGGCGAAGAGGUGGUUAUUGCCAUCAAAACCAACACUGCCCUCGACAAAUAAUUGUGUUCAGUUGCAACCGUACACAACCUCACAACCCGCUUAAUAACCAAUCGACACCUUAUCAUUGGUCAAAGAAAGAAAGAGGGGGAGGGAGGGUGAAAAAGUGAGAAAACGAGAGCGAGAGAGAAAAAAAGAGAGAGAAAUAGAGAGCAGAGUUUGAGAAAAACAUCAAGAACGUAAAACGAAUGAAACGAGCCAACAACAGUUCCAAAUAAUAAAACCAACAGCAACUCAGCGGCGGAGAAUGAUAAUAUUAAUAAUAAAACAAAACAUUAGAAAAAAACAAACAACUUUUUAUCGAAGUAACUAUUUACUAUUAUCCGAAACAGCGAGAAGCAAAAAACCGCGGCAACGACAACAACAAACUAUACGCGCUAUAAACUUUCUAAGUAAUGUAAGUAAUAAAAAACAAAAUACAAAACAAGCGAAGCAGCAACAAAAACGGAGGAAAAGAAAACGUUGAACUGGCCCGACGUAGCGCAGUGCUUGCGUCUCGGUUUUCAAACACAAACUCUCUCAAAAAAAUAACACAUUCACACGUACACACAUAAACAAGAAACACACAUGUUGUUUGUUAUAUAAGAAAUAUGGCGAAAACUUUUCAUCAAAAAAGGUUGAUUGAAAUAAGAAAAACAAAAACAAAAAAGAAUAAAAAUUGGAAAAGCCUUUACAUUUCCUACACUUUUUUCGAUUUUUUUUCUUGCUGACAUUUUUCUGAUUACAAACUCAAAAUAAAAAUACAAAUAUAACCGCGUUCUUCGAGUUGAAUAAAAAAAAAAACGCAAGAUAAACGGAAUUCGCGCGGGGGAGAAUGCGAGAAUGAAUAGUUUUUUUGGUCUCACAUUUUUCAAAAAGUGUUACUAUGAGGCAACGAGAUAAAGAAAAAUGCAUAAUUUUUUUUUCUUAAACCCCGUGUGGCCAUCAAUACCAAGAUUCGUGCAUCGGUGGACUGCGGGUGAAAAAAUUAUCUUGCUAACUGUUGCAAAAAAAAAGUCUAGACAAAAUGCGAAGUGACUGAUGUCGCGAGUGUGCGUUGUCGGUAAUAACGAGAUGAAAAAGGAAUUUCUUUUGUUUACUCUUGCCGUUUAUUUUUCCGUACUUGACGUUUUCGCGAAAAGUCUGAACAAAUCCGUAGCAGAUAACGAUUUUUUGUUUUUUUUUUUUUUUUACAUGAUGCGCGCAGUGAAUUUAUACUGUAGUUUUUUUUCGUUUUUCUUUGAGAAAAAAAUGAUCGUACAAUUGAUUACUGAGACCGAAAGAACGGUAAUAAAUGAGGGAACAACGAGGGUAUUCGUUGAUUCGAGCAAUUACGCGAUUCGCUAAUGGAAACGUUCUGUCGUAGAUAUUUGAUUUUUACGCCGCUUUUUUCUCAAUUGAAUUUCUGAUUCAUAUAACGAAUGUACUUUCGAGAAAAAAUCUAAGCCUCGUGAAUUUUCUUUAAGUUAGGAAAUCAAUGAGUAGAAUAAUUUUGGGUAGCAAAUCGCGAAGACUUCGAUUCGUAUUAACAAUAACAAAAAAAAAAAGAAAAUACACACGCGAAGCGAAUGAAUUAACGAAACUCUGAUAAAAAUGAGAAGCGAAUGAAACGAAAAAAAAAAACAAAAAGUAUAUUACGAUAAUAUAUUACCCGCUUUUACCGGGUCCGAUGAUUAGUCCCUUGGCCUAUAUAAAAUUACACAUUGAAAAAAAAAAGAAAAAAAAAACAUGACAAAGGAUAAUGAGAAACGAUAAAAAAAUAUACUUUCAAGUCUUCAUUUCCGACGCGGUGUUCAGACGAAUAGCACAUCGCGUUUCUCGAAUGAAUAUUUUUACAUGUAACUUCAAACGUAACCUAUGUGAAAUGUAUGGUUGUUCGACACGGGGACAGUUUGGAAAAGAUUAAAAAAAAAAUCAAAGAUAAAGGAAAAAAAGUGUGUUGUUGCGAAUGAAUUAUAAUCUGUCGAAGUAGUUUUCCAAUUAUUCCGAAGAAAGUCGUACUUAUUCUCAUUACGUGAGCUUUCUUUCAAAAGUGACGAAGUACAGUCACGCACGAUCAUUGAGAGGCGAGAGAAAGAAAAAUAAAUUUGUGUCGAGAGACACAACCGUGUGUCUCUUGAUACGAAAAUCACGGGUUCGAGGCUGAAAGUUUGGAGCGAGAUUACAACAUCGAAUUAAACGUCCCAAGUGAAUAAAUGAUAAAAAUAAAAAAACAAGAGAGUAGGAAGAAAGUGCUUAAGAGUCUGAGCGAGAGCAAGUAAUCACAAUAUUCAAAACGUCACGUUUUUUUUCCUCAUUAAUGAAAUGGUUUUACCAGUUUCAACUACUCGACACUAUGAUCGACCCUUUUUUCAUUUAUCUAUAAAUCUCGAUCUAUUUUUCCGUCCCGUAACAAUUCUUACUCCCUUGAUUGCGUCUCUUUUAAAAUCUUCGAUGUUUCUAAAGAAAGAAAUAUUGUUUCACACGCUAGCCUGAAAUAUUUGAAUAAAGUGUAACGUAUUGGGAAACUAAAAAAAAAAAAAAACAAUGACAACAAAAUGUUUAUAUAAAUAAGUGGGUGUACAUCCUGAGCUUUUCAUAGGAAGUUAUUCCCAAUUUUUGAGGUAUCGAGGGACAGAGAAUAAAGAUUUUUUUUACAGUUUUUAUUUGCUUGUUUUAAUGACUGAAAAUGCCAAACCUGAAUUGCUGAAGUGUAAACGAUUUUGAAAAAGACCUAGAGAACAAUUCCAGCACAUUGAGGUGUGGGGAAAGAGUCGAGAUCAUUGAAUCUGAAAUAAGCACUCGGUAAAUCGUUCAAUAUAAUGUGUGUCCCGUUGUAAUUUCCUUCGAAACUCUUUGAUAUGCGAUUAUGAAUUAAAGAUCUAAACUUAACAAUUAUAAUCUAAGUGAACACAAUACCUAAAAAAUAACAAACGAAAGGAAAGAGCAUAAAAACGAAAGAGAAACAAAGUAAAUCAGCGUCUGUACUACACGUGUGCUAUGUUGGACCAGGUACAAAUAAUUUAAAUGUGCUUUGUUAUGGACUUGUAAGACGAUUAUUGAGGAGAAUUACGAAAAAAAAAACAAAAAAAAACAAAAAGAGAUGAAGAGAUGGAGAAUAAGAAGAAAAAAUGGCACAUCGGGUGUGCAACAGCGCGUAUGAAAGACAGUGCGUAAGUGCUUUAAUAACUGAGAGAUUAAAACAAACAAACAAAACAAGACGAGUGAAAGAAUUGAGUUUAGAGAACUUAGAUAAAAACAAAAAACUGUAAAGCGCAAAAAAACUUUUUUUCACACAAGCGCUUGUAGCGAUUUCGAGGGAGCGCAAGUUUCUUAUUUUUUUCUUUUUCUUUUUUUUUCUACGUACCUUUAGUCCCGAAAGUUUCUUCGAAACGAUAAAAGUAAAGCGUUGAUAACGCGUCGUCGCCUCAAAUUACAAAGAACAAAAUACGAAUGAAACAAAAAAAAUCAAUUAACAAACGCUAUUAUUCAGGGUGUAACCGAUUUGAAAUGAUCGGUAUCUUAGUUAACUAAUACUGUCUCAGGAUCGUAAACGAUGAAAACUUGCGUGCGACAAAUAUGUUACUGUGAAGUUGAAUUUAUAUAAAAAAUGAAGAAAAAAAAAACGAAGAAAACAGGAAGCGACAUAUGAUCGGAGGGGGGAAAAAAUCAUACGAGUAAUACAACAAUUAUCACAGUUUCGCAUUUCAAUGUCGAGUAAUAUUGAAUAAAUAAUAUUACAAAUUUACUCUUAGAUACGCAAUAUAAUCUUUUUCUUGUUAUAAGCACGAACGAUGAAUGAAAAAAAAAAAAAAAAAAACAAAACAAGUGUGUGGAUAAAAAUUAUGUUCUGUACGAAAAACGGUAUAGCUGCAACGCCCGUUCAACAAAUCGGGAAAAUGAAAAUCAACUUCCGGUUUGAAGAUAAAACGCCUGAAUACUAGAUAUAAUGAGAUUGAAGAUACUUACCAAGCCGCACGUUCAUUGCAAUUCAUCAACGAAAAAUUGGUUUUCAUAAUCGACGAAAAAAAAAAAACUUCCUAAUACCGAAUUAAAAGUGUGCGAUAAUUUUAAUUUUUGUUCAUAACGAAAGAAUGUUUUUUCUUUGUUUUCGUUGCGAGUACAGAAAUAAUUUAUUUACACAAUUGUUUCGAUGUAGUUUUAAAAUACUAUUUCCGCAGUAAAUAUCGGACUUUUUUCGUUACCCCCGCAACACUUGCUAUACACAGCGAAAAAUGCCUUCUGCGGUGCGAAAAUAUGAUUGACGUCGAAAAAUAAAAAAUCUAAAUCGUC